UAUAUAUCGUACAACCUCGCGUACGCGUCGAGAAGCCACACAUCGUGUGCAAAAUCAGUUGUAAAACUUCUUUUCGAUCCUUGCGUCCUUACAUGUAACUCUUUAAUUUUUAAAGUACGCAAGCAAUUACGGACAACCUAUAUAAUUAUUUAUUAUUUUUUAAUUAUUGCUUUAAAAAUUUUUUAAAUAAUUUUAAAUAAUUAAAUCGUCUUUAAUUUAUUUGAACAUAUUUUGAUAGUUUACCAAAUAAAUGGCAAAUAAAAUUGGGAAUGCAAUAAAUUUCCUUUAUAGAGAAAAAUAUAUGUAUAUUUUAACAUGUUGAAAGAUUCAUUAUUAAUGUUAAUAGAAAUAAAUAAUUAAAUACUUAAGACAUAAAUAUAAUAUUAUUUUAACUAUAACAGGUAUUAACUUCAAUUUUUCAAUAUUUGCUAUCAUAUGUGAGGAAGGUAUAUACACUAAAAUAAAAUAAAAAUGUUAUUUGAUACAUGGAAUAUAAAAAAAAAUGUUAAUAUACGUUACAAACAUCUAUCUUUUUACAUUUCUACAAUAUCUCUUCUACGUUUCUUACGGAAAAUUGUAAAGUCGCGUCGCUACCAUGAAUAAACUUUCUUCUCGGAACGUUAACCCUUCCGUACUUUCCGGGUAAUCUUUCUUCCAUGUAAUGUUGCAAAAUAAAAAGUUGCGCGCAACAUUUCAAAGUUUCUAUACACGCAAUAUCAACGAUUUCUUCGACAUGGCUUCGAAAGAUUGUUUCAACACGCAAGCGCACACGAGGUUCCCUCCGAAUCGAACAGCGGAUCAACCGCGAUCAGUAGCAAACGAACGCGUGUCGUUUCACCAUCUGUGUCAGAUCGCGGGUCCACAUGGAGACAAUGUUUGCUAAUAAAAAUUAUAAACGCGAUAUAAACUACGUCUUUGAGCUUAGCCGUUUUGUCUUUCGUCUGCUGGGCAUCUGGCCGUACGCGCGUACCAAAACCUGGUUUCCGGAAACUAUAGAGAGACUCGUGGUGAUCCUCGUUUCCUACAUCCUCCUCACCUGCGAACUGGUCCCGGCGAUUCUCUACAUGGCCAUCGUGCAGAAAGAGACCCGCGCCAGACUCAAAGUCGUCGCCACCGUGAUAUUCACGAUGGUGGCGAUGGCCAAGUACGGCCAAUUAGUGUUCAGCAGAGACCGAGUGAGAAGCUGCCUAGCGCAGGUCGAGGACGAUUGGCGAAAUGUCGCCGACUCGCGCAACCGUGACGUGAUGACCGAAAAAGCCAAAACUGGCAGACGCUUGCUCGUAAUAUGCGCUAUAUUCAUGUACUCCACCGGGGUGUCCUUUCGGACAAUCAUACCGUUGUCCCGUGGGAAGAUCGUCACCGAACAGAACAUCACGAUCAGGCACCUACCGUGCCCAAAUUAUUUUGUUCUAUUCGACGUGCAGCUCAGCCCCGCUUACGAGAUCGUAUUCCUCAUGCAGUUCUUCUCGGGAGUAGUCAAAUGCACAGUCACGACUGCAGUGUGCGGCCUUGCGGGCCUCUGCGUGAUGCACGUUUGCGCGCAGCUGGAGAUACUGAUGGUCCUGAUGAACAAUCUGGUAAACGAACGAGAACUUAAAAAUGUUAACGAGAGAUUGGCCAUUAUUGUAAAGCAUCAGAUCAAAGCGCGAAAUUUCUUGCAACUGGUGCAGAACACCAUACAAUAUACAAGUCUACUGGAAGUUAUAGGAUGCACCAUAAUCGUAUGCCUCUUAGGGUAUUUUGUUAUUAUGGAAUGGGAGGACAACAAUUCAAUAGCACUAUGUUCGUAUCUCAUUGGUCUCACAUCGAUUAGCUUCAACAUUUUCAUCUUUUGCUUCAUUGGCGAACAACUUUCGACAAAGGGAGAGAAAGUGGCAUUAACAGCGUGCACAUUGGAGUGGUACCGUCUUCCUGACGCGAAAGCACGAUCGCUGAUAUUAAUUAUGAUCAUGUCGAAUUUACCGACGAAGAUUAGAGGAGGAAAGUUCAUGGAUCUUUCCUUGAGGACGUUCGGCAAUGUCGUUAGAACGGCCGUAGCAUACUUAAAUCUCCUUCGCUCUGUUGUUGGCUAAAUUUGAAUAGUAGUUAUACGUAAAUGCGUAAAUGUAGUCUUCAAAGAAAUAUGUAAUGUUGAAAUAAAACUGGCAAAAGUACGUAAUUUC